AUGGGAUUCCUCCCAAAUACUCCCAACAACAACAAUAAAAUCGUUCCUCAGACCACUUCUAGUCAUCCACAUGCUGAGAAAGAGGACGACUUUGAGUUGCAUUCCACAACGACAGCUCCCGUUCAAGACCGUUUUCAUAACAGACCAUUCCUCCUCAAUGCUCUCUUCUCCUUUAAGAAUUUCAUCUUUUUGUUUGUGGUCUGCGCGGUUGUGUUGUUCUGCCUGGCGUAUUGGCUCACCACUCACUUAAUGUCCACACAUGUGGCCGCUGAACUCACUCGUGUGAUUUUGAGUACCAUUCUCCAAAAACUUCAAAAUUUGCUGAAUGACCGUUUGACCUUAGUGAAGGCUUUAACUGUGAGUUUGUUCAGAGAUUGGAAAACUGGACAUUUGAAAUUUGUGAAUGGUUUAGACGUUAAUCAGUGGAGUGAACAGGACAUUCUUUCAAACCUCUAUUACUUGCAAACCAGAAUUGUAGAUUACAACUUUACAGGUAUCCAAUUUGUGUUUGGAGAGAAUUCCUCAUAUCCACUCUUGAGGCAUGGUGUCCUGACCUCCUAUGAUCGGAAUUGGGAGAUUGAUAAGUUUAAUUUCUUCUAUCAGCAGUUGAAUAGUACCUCUCUUACCAUACAACCAUGUAAAUUGAAAAGUGGAAUCAUUGAUGGUUCCAUCGGUAAUCAAAGAACUAGUACCCCCAAUAAGGCCAACACUUUGGACAUGUGUAACUAUCUUUCAUCUCCAGAAGCUCUCGGCAAUAGCUCACAAUUCUUGCUCUCACAGUUUGAUUCAUUAUCAGCCAACAUUUCCUAUGCAUUCAUCAAGAAUGAUUUAAUGACGAGAAAACCUCCAACUUUUGUUGCCAAUGGUGUGUGGUAUCAACCUUACACCACUUCCAUCUAUAAUACUGGUUUGUUUUAUGCCAUGCCUCUCUAUGACAUGAAUGGCAUCUAUCAGGGAUAUGUGUCCACAAUAUUCAAUCUCUUCAAGCUAGCAGGUUGCUUUAAACGUUUCCGUUGCAAGACCAAAGGAUUCGUCGUGUUGUCUGAAUUCAAACACAAUACAGUUUUAGCCUCGACAGCAGGAGGUAAAACUGCAGAUGGUUUAGGUCGUUUACACAUGUUUGAAAUGACCACUAGCAACAGUGGAAAGGUGUUAAAAGCUGCUUUCGAUGCUGGAAUGGACUUUUAUCCAGCAGAGUAUUCUGAUUUUCAAAUUGAAGUCGACGGAGUGUUCUACUUUUUAGCUCAUCAACGCUAUAAAUUAGAUUCCAUCGAAUGGAGAAUGACCAUUGUUGUGAACGAUGACAACUUACAGACUAUUCACUACCAACAAUUAUAUGUAUCGGUGGGUGUGACAAUUGCCUUCUUUGUGGUUGGUUUGUCUUUGUCCUUCAUCAUCACGUGGAUAGUCAUUAGACCUCUCAUGUUGUUGCAGAAAGAUUUCAAGAACAUUGCUGUCAUGAAUUUGGAGAAGGUCGAAAAGCAUGAUUCCUUUUUCGCAGAAUAUCACUCCAUCUAUGGACACCAACAUGACAUGGUGAAUUGGUUGAAGGAUAUUCGCUCUUUCCUUCCUCAAAGCGUCUUGUUGCAAUUGGAACAAUCUCAACAACAACCACAAGAAACCACAGAAGGUUCUUCACCAGGCGCAUACAAGGUGGAUACGUCCAUUGCUGUCAUCAAACAGAAUGAUGAUAAAGAUGUUUCAAUGCCUAAACAUCAUGCUGUGAAAAUGUCCUCCGAUAGUUUAAAUCUUCAUCACUCUCAAGAACACAUGUCCAACUCAAGUUUGGAUACACUAACAAAGCACUCGCAUCAACAUCAUUCUCCUCAUCAAAUAUUUGGCACUGGAUUACAGUACUUCAAAACUUGUAUCGUCAUUUCCAUUCAUUUUUCAAAUCUUAAUGACAUGCAUCCACAAGAUAUUACUAAUGGGUUUGAAAAGUUCAUUGGAACUCUCUCACAGAUAUGUUCAAGUUAUAGAGCCAAUUUGCAACUUGUAGAUCCAAGUAAAAUUAGAAUACUUGUGGAAAAUAGAGCAAGGGAUGACAUGUUUAAAAAGAAGGCCUUGACCAUUGCCCUGAAAGUGGACGCCACCAUUCGACAAGUGAAUGCCCUUCUUGAGAAAGAGAAGAGAACUUGUUUGGAAUUUUACAUUUCGGUUUCGAGUGGAAGUUCGUUUUCUGGCAAUUUAGGAACUCGUUAUCAGAGAAUAUAUGCUUGUAUUAAUCCAAGUAUUGAAAGAUCAGAUGAAAUGUUACUUUUAGCAAAGGAAUGUGGUAUGAAUGUAGUGUGUGAUGAAGCAACCAUUUCAAACUUUGUGACGGAUUAUAUUUGCCGACCGUUCGAGAAGAUGAAAUUUGCAACAAGUAAUGCUGCCCUCAAUCAAGAGAACACUCCUCAAUUGAUCUAUCAUGUGAUUGGAGAGAGUCUUGUGAAACAAGAUGAAUGGAUGUAUGAAUUGCAAGAAAAAGAAAACGCAAAACUAUUCGAAAAGUUCAACGAGGGAGUCAAGAUUUUGUUUUCACAUGAAGUUGACUCUCAUGCAGUGACAUCAUCCAAGACAGGAAAUACAAACUUGAAUACUUCGUGGAAUGAUCGACUCUUUCAUUCUGCCAUGAUUUUAGAAAAAUUCUGUGAUGACUAUUAUUCAAAAACAAAAAAGAAGGAUGUGGUGUGUGAAAGAUUGGCCUCGAGAAUGAGAGAAAUGGCCGUUCAGCAGCAAACAAUUCCUUAUUGUACACAGUUGAAACAUCAUGUUGAACAAAUAAUGUAA